CUGUGCUUGGCUUCACUCCACUAGCCACCCCAGCCAGCUACAGCCUACUACAGCUCAGCCUCCUCCUCCUCCUCAAUCCCCGUCCAUCUCCCAUUCUCCAACCAAGCGCAGCCGAGCAGAGCAAGCCCCAGGGCAUGGCGCGCCGUGCCGUGUCCGUGGCCGUCGUGGCCCUGGCUCUCCUGGCCGCGGCCACGGCGGCGUCGGCGGACUCGUGGCUGUACGAGAAGUUCACGACGGACGGCAACGUGCGUGCGGACUACAACGCGGAGGGCCAGCAGGUGACGUCGCUGAUCCUGAACCAGCAGUCCGGCGGCGCCUUCAGGUCCCGCCAGAGGUACCUCUACGGCGAGUUCAGCAUCCAGAUGAAGCUCAUCCCCGGCAACUCCGCCGGCACCGUCACCUCCUUCUACCUCACCUCCGGCGACGGCGACGGGCACGACGAGAUCGACAUGGAGUUCAUGGGCAACUCCAGCGGCGACCCCGUCGUGCUCAACACCAACGUGUGGGCCAACGGCGACGGCAAGAAGGAGCACCAGUUCUACCUCUGGUUCGACCCGGCCGCCGACUUCCACACCUACACCAUCAUCUGGAACGACAAGAACGUCAUCUUCAAGGUCGACGACCUCUUCAUCCGGAGCUUCAAGCGCUACCGUGAUCUGCCGUACCCCGGCGGGAAGCCCAUGUCGGUGCACGCCACGCUGUGGGACGGCAGCUACUGGGCAACGCAGCAGGGGAAGGUGAAGGUGGACUGGUCCAAUUCGCCGUUCGUCGUCUCGUACCGAGGCUACACCGCCGACGCCUGUGUCCCCACCGGCGGCGGCGACGUCGGCGCGCCGCUGUCGUGCCCCGCCGGGACGGACCGGUGGAUGAACCGCCAGCUCGACGCCGCCGAGUGGGGCACCGUCGCGUGGGCAAAGAAGAACUACAUGCACUACAACUACUGCGACGAUGGGUGGAGGUUCCCGCAGGGAUUCCCCGCCGAGUGCUCCCGAAACUGAUCUGCUGCUAUUAUUGUUCUUGCUUCCUGUUCUCCUCCUUGAUUCGUGUUUGUUCUUGGUCACCUCUGUUCUUGAUUGAUGAACAGGAUAGCUCACAUGUUGCCUUCCCAUGUACAUUUUGGCACCCCAUACUACUAGUGUUCUUGAAUCUUUCGUUCUUUCUCUGGUUUUCUUUUUUUUUUCUUGACAGUCAGUGAUUGUUACUGAAAGGGAGUUAACAAAGACAGUGAUGAAAAUAAAA